CUUUGCCUCUCUUGUUUACCUCACGGUCAUUCCAAAUCCGAGAGGACCGCCGGCCGUACCACGCAAUGUUCCGAUACCUCGCUCCUCUGAUUCUCGUCGCCGCCUUGGCGGCGUCUACGACGAACAAGUCCGUUGAUGCCCGCGUGGUCCACCCCAUCGUCGGCCCCGACACCCAGGCUGACCUCGAGGCCGCCGGCCCAUCUCCCGCCGACGACGGCGACGACGGCCGCCGCCUGAUCGGCACCGCCGGCGGCGGCCACGAUGAACUCGUAGCGCUAUGCCAACAGCUGCACUACAAGACAUUGUGCACCACGAUGACGACGCUGCCCGGGGUGACGACGCCGGAGCAGCUGCUGGACACGGCGCUGCGGAUUACAGGGGUGAAGGCGGCGAUGGCGGAGACGAAGCUGGACGAGGCGAUAAAGUCGUCGGGCGGCGCCCAGGCGGGUAACCCGCUGAUGUCGUCGCUGGAGACGUGCAAGGAGAGCUACGCGUCGCUGGUGGACUCCAUCAACACCUCGCGGGACACGCUCAAGAGCGGCGGCAGCAACUCGGACCUCAUGACGGAGCUGUCCGCGGCGGCCACCUACUCCACCGACUGCGAGGACACCUUCGAGGAGCGGCCGGAGCUCGUAUCGCCCAUACCCGGGGCGCAGCGCCACAUCAGCCGCCUCGUCAGCAACUGCCUCGACCUGGCAGCCACCAUUAAGGAGGAGCCCUAGACGAGACGCCUAUAUAUGAUAUAUAUGACGUAGACACUGUAGCCAGGCCGCCGCUUGCAUGCAUGCAUGCAUCGACGAAGACACGCAGUGCAAGCGAAUUACAUACAUGUAUGUUUAUUAUGUGUAUCUCUGCUACUAGUGUACAUUGCUCGAUCUGUUGUACAUGCCAUAUGGGGAACGCUGCGGUGCGUUUGUAAUAGGCUUGUGUUUAUGUUUACUAUAAUCACUUUCAGCAUAUAUAGGUGUUCUAUUUAUUAGAAGAA